GUGAAGGGGUGGAGCUGGUGGGGAGGAGGGUCGGCAGGGAAGGGCAGGUCUCCCCACACCGCUGAGGUGCCACAUUUGCAGCCUGCCUGCCUGUCGAGAACCUGCUCUCACCUCAGGCCCAGGCCAACCGUGUGCUGCUGAAAUGGGCUCUGAGCUGGAGACUGCCAUGGAGACCCUCAUCAACGUGUUCCACGCCCAUUCGGGCAAGGAGGGGGACAAAUAUAAGCUGAGCAAGAAGGAGCUCAAAGACCUGCUACAGACUGAACUCUCCGGCUUCCUAGAUGUCCAGAAGGAUGCAGAUGCUGUGGACAAGGUGAUGAAGGAACUGGAUGAAAACGGAGAUGGGGAGGUGGACUUCCAGGAGUACGUCGUGCUGGUGGCGGCUCUCACGGUGGCUUGUAACAAUUUCUUCUGGGAGAACAGUUGAGCACAUGGCCGCAUGGACAGUGCCCUUCCUCAGCCUUGUCAGACUUCUCCUAUAUCCUGCUUUCUCCUCACCCCGCCUACACCUCCCCACGUCCCCAUCCUUGCCCAGUCCCCCACCAAGGGCACAAGAGUGGUGGUCUAUCUAGACCUGCCACUCACUCUAAUAAAGGCCUCCCUCACCAACUGUC